UUUUCUUUUAUCAUUUCACGUCACAUUUAGAUAAUUAUCAGUAAUUACCAAUUAUAUACUUUUAGAUAAAACCCAUUUUUAAUUAAUUAUUUUUUUAUCACUAAAUUGAUAUUAAGAACUGGUUUGUAAGGCAAGUCUAGAUUUUUUUCUUUAGUGUAUCCUUUACUGUGUUCAAUUCUUAUUAUAAAAUGUUUAGCAGUUGCAUUGAUGGGUAAUUUCUAUUUUAUAUUAUUUUUGGAAGCCUUUUCACCAAUUUAAUAUGGCUGCUUUAUUAUGUCUUAUAAUCUAAGUUGAUUGAGUCUGAAGGGGUUAACAUAUUGGACUUUUGUUAUUCAUUCUGUCAAUUGUUUGUUCUAUAGAUGUUUUUCAUCAAUAGUAAUUACAAUUCAAUGAAGCAGUCCUGUAGGUUGGAUGUAGAGUUCAUUCUGUGCAAUGGUACAAGUGCAAAAGAGUUUCUCUCUCUCUCUCUCGGGGGUGGGGGUGGGGGAAAGAGUUUUGGCAGAAUUCUGCAUUUUUAACUAGUAGCUUAAUCAAUAAAUCAUAUAAAGGCCCUCGAAUUGAGAUAACCAUAUCAUUUAUUGAAGACACUUAUUUAUGGUUUUUUGUAUGUGUAAGAAAUUACUACUAGUUAGCCAUUAGAUCUGGAAUUCCACAUAGAUAUGGUCAAGAGAGCACUUUGUCCUGUCCUGUUUACUUUCUUCCACAAUGGAGCGAACAAAAUAAUUUAAUUAUUUGGAGCAUUAGUUGACGCAAUGAGUUUGAUACACAAAUAAUCAGAAUGGAAAUAAAUUGAUAUGAUGAGUUUGAAGCAUAAAAAUCAUCACAAUUUGUUGCAUGUUCAAACGUUUACCUCUGAUACUAGAAAAUUUAAAAAUUCUUUCCAAAUGCACUGUUUCAAUGAUGUCUCUUCCCUUGCAUCAAGUACAUGUCAUAGAAGGAAAUUCAGGAAGAAAAGAAAUGUCAGUCCCGUUAAUCUUGGGAAAAUGAAAAAAGUUAGAUGAGAAAAUGGUAUUUUGGUUUGCAGAGGUAUGAUUUGAGCUUUGGGUGAUUCUUGUAUAGGCAGUGAUGUUAUGAAAUCAGUUGUCACCUUGGAAGUGUAUUCACCAAUGAAUGUAAUUGUUUUUGCUAGAUUUCAUAGGUUGAUAGCUAUGAUAAGAGCAAUGUUGUGACCCUUCAGUAUCUCAAAAGAACUGUGAUACAUCUAAGUUUGAACAGGAAAAUGAGGAAAUGAAACAGUCAGUAACUCAGCUACUACAGUAAGGGAGGAAAUUUGUACCUGGUAAACAAACAGAGGACCUGGAAAACACAAGUACAUUUGAGAAACUAGUGUUGAACUCUCCGAAAAUGAAGUAGGUAUGCGGGAUAUUUGAAAGAAAAGCAUGACAACAAAAGCCAUAUUCUACCUGCUGAAAAGCUGGAGGGAAAGAGUCAAAUUCAGAAAGAAAAACAAGUUUGAGUCACCAAUUGAAAUGAAAUCUUUGGAAAUUGGAGAGAAAAUUGGUGAAACAGAGAGUGAGAAGAGAUCAUAUGACUCCAAGAAGCGAGAGAAUGAUGAUUGAUGAAGCAGAUUCAAGGGGUAAUCUUGAGGAAAUUCUUUAUGGAGGAGAAGAGGAACCUGUCUUCUAUGGAACUGAAAUUCCUGAAAUGGAAGCUAAUUGAAGUUUGUCUGUGAGGUCCAUUGAUCAUGAAGUGGAGGGGCAGAGACCUGCUUGGCCCGAAAAAGCAGUUGGUCAUACAAAUCUAAUACGGGCAAAGAGUGCAGUGGCAGCAGUCUCUACUUUUAAGCCCUGCCUUUCUGGAAUAAGUGAUAGUGAACAGAAUGUUCAUGAUGAAGAUAAAAAUCACAACAAGGACAAUGAUAGUAAUGGGAACGAAGAUUUCUCAUCAGAAAGUGAAGCACAAGAAGUCUCCAAGAAAUCUGCAGAGAUCUCUGGAUGGAACCCUCUUAGCCGUAUUAGGAUUUCUCGUUAUGCUUGGGUGAAAACAAGUCAGUACAGAAUCAUUCUAUAAAGGAGUUAAUACAACUGAUUGCCAUGAAUGGUCAGAUACUCAUAUUAUCUUGUGUAGUGACAGGAUUGCAAAGAGAUACGAAGAUUUCUGCAUAGGAAAAGACUCCGGUAUGUUGAGAUCAAUAUUGAUGUGUAUCCUAGCAGGAAGCUAGAGCUAGAGGAGAUUGCUGGAUCUCAUGCUGUUCCUAGAGUUUUUUUUAAUGAAGUACUUGUAGAUGGGUUGGCUGAGCUGAAAAGCUUGGAGGAGUCUGGUAAGCUUGGACAGAAGAUUGAGCAUGUUGUCGCGGAAGCACCAUCAUUUGAAGCUCCUCUCCCACCACUAUCUGGUGAAGCUGACCUGUCAAGUAGCAGAGCUAUUGAUGAGCUAGCUCUUAUUUUUUGAAAAAUGAAAGAAACUGUUUCUGUUAAAGGAUAGGUUUCACAGAAUGUGCAGGUUCACCAACUGUUUUCUGGGUUCAGAAGCUUUGGAUUUUCAGUCAGACAAUCAAUACUAAGAGAGAGAAGAGGUGAUGCUUUUGAUUUUUUGAAGUAUUGUGCUAUUUGCUAAGAAAAGGGUCCAAAGGCUAAAAGGGUUAAGGAGGUUCAACUUUUCAAGAUUUAAUAUGGAAGAAGAUCGACCUUCUAACAAGAAAGGAAGAACCUUGUUAUCUUUUUUUUUUUUAAAAAGUAAUAAAUCUCAAGAUUCUCCAAUUCCUACGGCGCCCAUUCCUCCAAUUUCAUCCCCAGAAGUUGUACGGCCUUCAUCUUCCAAUCUUAAUGUAGAACCAUCUGAUUCUAUUGAACGGGACCCUGGAAAAAGAAAACAAAUAUGUGAACAUCCACGUAACGAACGCGAUCAGAUUAGGCGAGCUUAUCUAAAUGUUGGACCUUAUCAACCAAAACUUUGGGAGUAUCAGAGCAAAGAAUGUGGAAAGCAGAAACGUCGAUUUCAGGAACGUUGGUACAAUCAGUUUCCUUGGUUGGAAUAUUCGCCUUCAACACAUAAGGCAUAUUAUUUUUAUUGUUUCCUCUUUCUCAAUGAGAGUACUCCACAUAAUAUUUCAUCGUUGGUUACUAUUGGGUUUGAUAGUUGGAAGAGGGUUAACCAAGGAAGUAAAUGUGCAUUUCUUAUUCAUGUUGGUACAACAUCUUCGUCGUUUCAUAAUGGCUGUAAGAGAAGUGUUGAAGAUCUAAUGAAACAAACUCAACAUAUUGACAAGGUAAUGCAUUCUUUAUCAAAUGAGGAAAUUCAGAAAAACCGUUUGCGUCUAAAGACCACCAUUAUGAGUGUUAAGUGGUUAGCACUUCAAAGUUGUUCCUUUAGAGACCAUGAUGAAUCUCCAUCUUCACUAAAUCGUGGGAAUUUCAUUGAACUGGUGGAUGCAUUUGGAAAAAUGAAUGUUGAAGUAGGAAAAGUUGUAUUGGGUAAUGCUCCCAAAAAUGCUACAUACACAUCUCCAGACAUUCAAAAAGAAAUUUUGAACAUUAUGGCCAACAAAGUCCGACAAAGAAUUCGUGGCGAAAUUGGGAAUGCAAUAUUUAGUAUUCUUGUUGAUGAAGCACGAGAUGAAUUUUCACAAGAACAAAUGGCCAUUAUCCUGAGGUUCGUCAGAAGUAAUGGAAUUUUGACAGAGCAUUUUUUUGCAAUUAAAAGUGUUAGUGGCACUACCUCAUUAAAUCUUAAGAAUCAAAUUUCUGAUGUUCUUGUCCGUUUCGACCUUCAAGUGCAAAAUAUGAGAGGCCAAGGGUACGAUGGUGCUAAUAAUAUGCGUGGUUCUUGGAAUGGACUACAUGAAUUAUUUCUUAAAGAUUGUCCAUAUGCAUACUAUGUCCAUUGUUUUGCCCACCGUUUACAACUCACAUUGAUUUCUGCAACUAGGGAUGUCUCAGAUAUUAAUUCAUUUUUUUCUCAUUUGGAUAGUGUUAUUAAUAUGAUUACAUCAUCUCCUAAGCGCAUCAAUGAGUUGAAAAGUGCCCAAAGAAAAGAAAUUGAGCAUUUGUUGGAAAUUGGAGAACGAGAGUCCGGAAGUGGUGCUAAUCAGAUUGGUAAUUUGCAACGAGCCGGAGGUACUCGUUGGUCUUCUCAUUACAGCUCUGUAAAGAGUUUGAUUGAUAUGUAUGCUGCAACUUGCAAGGUGCUUGAGUAUCUUAGUGAUCAUUCUCCAAAUGUAAGAUCUCGGUCUGAAGUUGGUGGUGUAAAACCAUGA